AUGCUGAACGAAAUGAUGGGAAGCAUGCUGCUUCCCCGGACUACGGAUGAUGGUACAGCUCGCGGACAGCGAGCCCUGGUAGUGACAGCCGUGCUUACCGCAAUCUCAAUCGUCAUCGUCGCUAUGCGAAUGUAUGCGCGAAUCGGGAUAAUGAAAUUGACUGGUCGUGAAGAUUAUACGAUUCUCAUUUCUUUGGUGUUAGCAUGCACGUAUCUCGGUCUUGUUGCUGCUGAGGUACAUUUUGGACUCGGAAAACAUGACGACGAUUUGUCCGAUGUGGUUGUGAAAGAACAAUUAAAGCGACUCUGGGCUGCUAUCCCUUUCUAUAAUGCCAGCUUGAUCUUUACCAAAUUUUCCAUUCUUUUCCAGUAUCUUCGAAUUUUCCCCGACCGUCGCUUCCGGCUUGCUUGCUGGAUCGUAUUUGGUAUUGUGGCUACUUACGGAACAUGGGCAGUAGUCAGUGGUUUCUUGAACUGUGUCCCAGUGGCCAAAUUCUGGGACCGCAAAAUCUCCGGCUACUGCCUUAGUUUCGAGGCAGUCUGGUUUUUCAACGCAUCAAUGAACAUCGCUACAGACACGACCCUGUUGAUCCUGCCGAUGCCUCUUCUGUCGCAAUUACAACUUCCGCGCAUGCAGAAAUUGGCCCUUAUGGGUGUCUUUGCUGUCGGUGGACUGGUUGUAAUCACAAGUAUCCUCCGUCUAUCCAGUCUACGGAGCGUAGCUCAGAGCACCGACACCUCUUACAGCAACGUCGGCGCUGCCUAUUGGACCGCUGCAGAGUGCAACGUCGCCAUCAUCUGUGCAUGUCUACCAUUCCUUCGUCCGAUCGUCAGCCGCCUCUUCCCUCGCUUCCUUUCGACCAACAGCUACAAUCGCUACACCCGCAACCCCACCAUGUCAGCCAGUCGCAUGACCGCCACUCGGAUGACCGCGCGCUCGCACCGGCAAAAGGUCGAGCUUUACUCCCAAGACCGUGACUACGGCAUGUACACCAUUGACGUCAAGUCCGGUGAAGCGAGCCACGAUGGCGCGCUAGACGGAAUCGCAGUCACAACGACGACAAUGAUUCAGGAGACAUCGAGAAACAACGACGAGUCGACCAGUCAGCGUCGACUAGUUGUGGAUGUCUAA